AAUUUACAUUGAUAUAACUUCGAGAGAUAAUCAAUGGAUUAUGUUACGCGUGAAACCAAUAUAUGAGUAUUACUGCUCAACGUGGUUUGAAGUUAUGAUACAGCCGUAAUAUGGACAUCUCCCAUGAAGGUGUAAAAGAUCCAAUGUUUUAUGCUAGCCAUGUUGAGAGAUAUUGUACACUGAAUGACAAUUGCACCUCAAGGUCCUGGUCUCGUUUUCGUCGGAUUUACGUUUCGCUCGUUUAUUUUCUUUUUCGACACUUUCGUCAAACAAGUUAUUUUACACUUCACACCAUUAUGUCAUUUACGGAGAGCGAAAACUGGUUAGCGCUCUUCGAAAGUGUAUCGCGAAUUAGCAAAAGCAAGGGUGCUGAACUCGAUCAAGAAUCUGAUGAAAAACCUUUCACCAGGGCGGAGAUAUCAUACCUCAACAAGUUGCUGAAUUCUAAGCUUUUUGAGACGCACGACUUGGACUUUGAAAUCCUGCGGUCUGACCCCAACCAUCCUCUUCAUUCCGUUCGCACGUUUCAAGAAUUAAACUUAAAGGAACCUCUUCUGAAAGGUAUCGCAGCUAUGGGGUUUUACAAACCAUCCACUAUACAAGAGCGAGCUUUGAGCAGCCUAAUAUCUGACAACCCACAAAAUAUGAUUGCACAGUCUCAGUCUGGUACUGGAAAAACAGCAACAUUUCUUCUUGCUAUGUUGUCACGUAUUAGCACAGAUGUACAUUACUGUCAAUGCUUGUGUAUGGCACCUACACGUGAGUUGGCAUUGCAGAUAGAAUCAGUUGGUCGACAAAUGGCACAGUUCAUGACGGAGGUAUCUUUUGCUACAGCAGUCCGUUCACCACGUGUCAAAGUCGAUUCGAAUGGGUACGUAACUGAUCAGAUUGUUAUUGGUACUCCGGGUACAAUCGCGAAUUGGUUUCGUGGUACAGGAGAGUAUCGUAUUGAUCCAUCCAAAGUUGUUAUGUUUGUAUUAGAUGAAGCUGACAUAAUGAUAGAAGAAGAAGGUUUUCUCAAUAUAUGCAUGCGGGUUAAAAAGAAGUUGUCUAGAAAUUGCCAAAUCCUAUUGUUCUCAGCUACGUAUGAGGAUUCCAUUAUUGAUUUUGCACAUGAGUUUGUUCCCAAUCCGAUAGAGUUUCGCGUAAAGCGUACACAACUUCCUUUGAAGAAUAUUAAACAGUUUUACAUGUGCUUUAAUGAUUGGAUUGAAAAGUAUCAGGCGCUAAAAGAUAUAUAUGGAGGUUUUGAAGUUGGCCAAGCAAUUAUAUUUUGUGCAACACGACAGGAAGCUAGUUGGCUGGACGGGAAAAUGAAUUUGGAUGGUCAUAAAGUCUACAUACUUUCCGGUGAUUUAGAUGUUUCUCAACGCGAAAAAGUCAUUGAAGAUUUUCGUUCAUCAAAUUUCCGAGUUUUAAUUACAACUAAUGUGUGUUCUCGAGGCUUAGAUAUUCCACAAGUGAAUUUAAUAAUAAAUUGGAAUAUGCCAACAACAAGAACUGGUAGUGCUGAUUGGGAAACUUAUUUACAUCGUAUCGGUAGAUCCGGUCGUUUUGGAAAAGAAGGAAUAGCAGUCAAUUUUAUAGUGAAUGAAGAAAUGUACUUGUUAAAAGAAUUAGAAUCACAUUUUGAAAUAGAAAUUCCUGAAUUAACUGCUGAUGAUUUGAACAGAUUUUAAUUGAAGAUCCAUUGGUUUGUCAUAUAUAUAUUUUUGUAUUUCUUCUCAGUUCUGAUGUCACCAUCAGAUAUUGUAUCAUCAUUUUUCUGUCGGUCAGUGUUAUCAGAGUUUAAAAUAUAUUACUUCUGAUAUCU